UGCCGGACUUGUUUACUCGUGAAUCGAAAAUCUGCUUGCAUUGUUCUGUGAAAUAAAUAAAUGAUUCAUUUUUAAUUUGUACUUCGUGCGCAUAUGUUAUUUUCGAAGCUAACGUGGCAAAUCAGAACUGUUAAAAGAAUUAUCAGCACAAAGAUGUCCAGCAAAAAGAUGCAUAACGACGACAACAAGUUGGAUACCUUCACUCGAAUUUGUGAUGAAAUAGCCGGCGAAUCGAGCUAUCUGAAGAUGGCGGAGAAACUGCAGCGAUUUUUCGCGAAAGGAACCAGUGGCAAGGGCUUCGAGGGAGACACCCUGCUCUGGGUGCAGUUCCUUAUUCCUGCUGCUAACCAGCGGGUCUACAAUUUGCAGAACAAGGCGCUCAUCAAGCUUUUCUCGCGUAUUUUUAAUGCAAACCAGCAGCAAAUGCAUCUGGACUUGGAGCAGGACGGAGAUGUAUCGGAGACUUUGCGCAAGUACUUUGCCUCGUCCAAGAAACUGAAGCCGCAAUCGCAAAGCAAACUGUAUCUGCAGGAGGUAGAGGAGCUGCUUCUGAAGCUGGUGGAGCGCACUAAAGAAGACGAGCAGACAGAAUUACUGCAGGAGCUGUGCAAGAAGUCCACCGACCUGGAUCUGCGUACUUUCAUCCGUCUAGUAAAGCAUGAUCUGCGUAUAAAUGCACGAGCUAGACACAUUCUGGAUGCUUUUGGUCCUGAAGCUUAUCCAGCGUAUCAGUCUUCCCGUGAUUUGGUGGCCAUUGUGCAACAGUUUUCCGGCAAGGUGAACAAAAAGGAUGCCGCUAUCAGCACGCUUAAGAAGGCAAAGAAAUCGAACCCAAGCGGAAUUCAGGUUAUGACUCCUAUAUCGCCCAUGUUAGCCAGUGCCUGCAAGUCCGUUGAGGAAGCCUUCAAGAAGAGUCCCGCGGGAUUGUACAGUGAAAUUAAAUACGACGGAGAGCGAGUUCAAAUCCACAAGCAGGGCGACGACUUUAAGUUUUUCAGCCGCAAUCUGAAGCCGGUGGUGGAUCACAAGAUAAGGGCCUUAAAGGAGCACAUACCUAAAGCCUUUCCAGGAGCCGGGGAAAUGAUCCUGGACUCGGAAAUUAUACUGGUCGAUACUGACACCGGAGCAUUGCUGCCGUUUGGAUCACUAGGUGCCCAUAAAAAGCAGACAUUUGCCAAUGCUGCAGUGUGCCUAUUCGUUUUCGAUUGCAUACUGUACGAUGGCGAGGAUUUAACUCAACUGCCUUUUCGCGAGCGACGUGAAAUCCUUGAGCAGAAUAUCAAGCCUAUCAAAUCGCACGUACAGCUCUCCGAGUCGGAGUUUCUGAAAACCAAGAAAGAGCUGGCCAUGAUGACGGCUAAAGUAUUGCACGCCAAUCUGGAGGGAGUUGUGCUAAAGAGUCCAAGCAGCACGUAUCAGCCGGGAAAGCGAAACUGGUUGAAAGUCAAGAAGGAUUACCUUUUCGACGGCAAGAUGGCAGAUACAGCGGACUUGGUAGUCCUGGGCGCAUGGUAUGGAUCUGAAAAAGGUGGCGUGCUAAGCAUCUUUCUCAUGGGUUGUUAUGAUGCAAUGGGUCGUUUGUGGAAGACCGUGACCAAGGUGCACUCUGGAUUGGACGAUGCCACAAACGCGGAAGUACACGACUCACUGAUCAAGCUUACGGAACGGGCUGAUGCCAACGCAACUCCCGAUUGGCUGCUGUGCAGUAAAUCCUUGGUGCCAGAUGUUUUGGCCAAGGAUCCCCUGAAAAUGCCGGUAUGGGAGAUUACGGGAGCAGAGUUUACCAAGUCCGAGGCACAUACGGCAUCUGGCAUCUCGAUUCGGUUUCCCAGGAUUACUCGUCAACGCAUAGAUAAAUCGGCAAAAGAGGCUAAUGAUCUCGCACACUUGGAAGAUCUGUUUGAAGCCUCAAAGAAGAAUGUGAACGUAGAUCUGCUAUUGGCCAAUUGUGGAUCAGAGGAACAAGAUGCGCUUGAUCUCGAAAAGACGCCCCAAAAAGGGAAAAAACUGAACAACGGUAACUGUAACAACGCUAAGAAACAGAAAAGGUCAAAAACAGGUUCGGAUGAUGAGGAAGCAGCUCCACCGCCUAGCAAACGCAAGGAAUCAAAAGUGAGCCGCAGCUUAUCGCCAACACAAAAGGGGAUGAAGGACUUUUUCAAGCCCAGCAAGGAGCUCAAAUCCGAAGUUAAAAAAGAACCAAAGGCGGAAGUCAAAACACCGGAGCCAAAAAGUCCGAAAAGCAAAUUAUUUACUGGGUUGGUGGCCCACUUUGCAAUGGGAAAUGAUUCAAGCAACCUGAUGGAACAGUUUUCGCAGCACGGAGGAUCUUGUACCACAGAUACACGAAAAGCUAAUCUGGUAUUUUACAACACAAACGAAAAAUUGGACCUAGAGCAGAUUAGAACGCUCUAUCGUCGCAGUUGCCGGCACUUGACUGUCAGCUGGCUCCAAACCUCUCUGGAGAACCAAAGUCGACAGCCUUACCCAAUAUAUGCCGUGAUGAUGAAAAGCGAAGUGCCCGUCUAAAUCGUUAUUACCCAUAAAUACAUGCUUGAUUAAACCGAAUAUACACAUAUGCACAUUAUAAACAACAAGUAUUUUAUCAAAUGCGGACUGCAUCUAGCGGCAGAGCGAAGAGCUUUAAUUGAAAGCUCUGGCAAGCGAAAACAAAACGCU